UCUAUAUUGUUUCAUCAAUCUAUAUGUCUAUUUCUUUGUCAAUACCACACAAUCUUCAUUACUGUAAGUCUUAAAAUUGGGUAGAUUGAUUUCUCUCACUUUAUUCUUUUUCACAGUUGUUUCAGUUAUUCUCGUUCCUUUGCCUUUGCUUAUAAAUUUUGGAAAAAGCUGGUAUAUAUCUACAAAAAACCUUGCUGGGAUUUUGAUAGGAAUCACGUUAAUCCUGUAUAUCAAUUUGGGGAGAAUUACCAUUUUAACUAUGUCAAAUUGUCCGAUUCAUGAGCACAGUAUGUCUCUCCAUCUAUUUAUAUUUUCUUUGAAAUCUUUCACCAGCAUUGUGGAGUUUUCCCCAUACAAAUCCUAGAUAUGUUUCGUUAGAUUUACACCUGAGUUUUUCUUUUGAGGGAGGGAAUGAUUGUAAAUAAUAUUUUAAAUUUCUGUGUAUAAGUGUUCAUCUCUAGUAUUUAAAAGUACAACUAAUUUUUAAUGUUUAUCUUGUAUCCUAUGAACUUGCUGAACUCACUAUUAGUUUUAGGAGGUUUUUUGGUAGAUUCUGUGGGAUUUCCUACGUAGCGUGCAAAUAGGGGGAGAUUAAUUACUUCUUUUCCAAUCUGUAAUGCCUUUUACUUCCUUUGUUUGCCUUAUUACAGCUGCUAGAACUUCUAGUACAAUGUCGAGUAAAAGUGAUGAGGGUGAGCACCCUUGCCUUGUUCUUGCUUUUAGGGGGAAAGAAUUCAGUCUUUCACCAUUGAAUAAGAUGUUAACUGUAGGUUUCUUAUAGAUGGUCAUUAUCAAAUUGAGGUAACUACCUAAUGUUCUUGACUCGAAGAGAGGUUUUUUGUUGUUGUUGUUUUCUGUUUUUAAAUCAUGAAUGGAUGUUGAAUUUUGUAAAUGCUUUUUCAGUGUCAACUGAUAUGAUUGUAUGAUUUUUCUUCUUUAAUUUGUUCAUGCAGUGGAUUACAUUAAUUGAUUUUCAAAUAUUGAACCAGCCUUGCAUACCUGGAAUAAAUUCCACUUGAUCAUGGUGCAUAAUCCUUUUUAUACAUUAUUGAAUUUGGAUUGCUAGUAUUUUGUUGAAGAUUUUGGCAUUUAAGUGCAUGAGAUAUAUUGAUCUGUAGUCUUUUGUUUUUUUAAAUACAUACUACCUUUACCUGAUCUUGGUAUCAGGGUAAUACUGGCCUCAUAAAUUAGUUGGAAAGUGCUUUUUCCUCGUCUAUUUUUUUGAAGAGAUUGUAUAAAAUUGGUGUUAAUUUCUCUUUAACUAUUUCAUAGUAUUCUCCAGUGUAAUCAUCUGGGCCAGGAGAGUUCAUUUAUGAGAGUUUUAGAAUUAUGAAUUAGAGCUUUAUAUUUACAUAGCUUUAUAAUCUUCACAUAUCUGACUAGGGAAAUGUUUUGUCUACUUUACCAGAGGAAGGAUGUCAGAGAGGACCACACUCCACCCUCCCAUGUGACCUCACUGCAGCUGGCUCUUUUCCUUUUCAUCCCUUGGGUGAUUACAAGUUUAAAGGUGGGGAGGGCAGGAAGCCUCCCUUGUGGGUACCCUAGGUGUUUCUUCACAGGGCAGGCCGUGGAUGCUGAGAGUGAGAUCGGGAUGCAUCACCAGGGUCCUACAUUAGAGAAGAAGCAAGGGCACCAGGUGGGGUGUCCCUGGCAGCACCCAUCCUCUCGUGGUUACAGCGCUGGAUAACGAACAGCAGAUGGAGUGGCUGUUCUGCCUGCCCCUCAGAACCUCUCUGUACAAUCAACCAACAUGAAGCAUGUCUUGACGUGGGGCCCAGUGAUUGUGCCUGGAGAAAUAAUACACUAUUCUGUCGAGUACCAAGGAGAGUACGAGAGUCUGUACAUGAGCCACAUCUGGAUCCCCAGCAGCUGGUGCUCGCCCACCCAAGGGCCCGAGUGUGACAUCACUGAUGACAUCACUGCCACUGUACCGUACAGCCUCCGGGUCAGGGCCACCCUGGGCUCCCUGACCUCAGCCUGGAGCACGCUGAAGCACCCCUUUAAUCGAAACGCAAGUAAGGCUCUUCUCUCCUCACUCCCCUGCCCCCAGCAACCUCCCCUUCAGGAACCAUGCUCACUGAGACGGUCGGGAUUCUUUUCAGCAUCAGCCAUCCUCACCCCACCUGGGAUGGAGAUCACCAAGGAUGGUUUCCACCUGGUUAUUAAGCUGGAAGACCUGGGGCCACAGUUUGAGUUCUUCGUGGCCUACUGGAAGAGAGAGCCUGGUGCCAAGCAUGCCUUCUCAGCCAUUCUCCCUGCUGUUUACAGGCGGCAGACCAGGGUGUUCCAGAUCAGCUGGAUGAUUUCAAAAGCAUAUGAGGCUGGCACAAGGCUCUCGAGGGAACACGUCAAGAUGGUGAGGCACGGGGGCAUUCCGGUGCACCUGGAAACCAUGGAGCCAGGGGCUGCACACUGCGUGAAGGUCCGGACGUUCGUGAAGGCCAUCGGGAGGCACAGUGCCUUCAGCCAGACAGAAUGUGUCAAGGUGCAAGGAGAGACCCUGCCGCUGGCACUGGCUCUGUUCUCAUUUGUGGGCUUCAUGCUGAUCCUCGUGGCUGUGCCGCUCUCCGUCUGGAAAAUGGGCCGGCUGCUCCGGCACUCCUGUUGCCCCGUGGUGAUGCUCCCCGACACCUUGGCCUUCAGACUCAGACAGCAACUAUACCAUUGGCUCCCCUGGGUCUCCAGUUUGCCAACUGCGGAUCUUGGGACCUGUCAGCCCCCAAAUCAUAAGACCUUUCACCAUCCCUGUGAGAAAUAAGUUUGUGAGGGGAGCCCUGACAUCCUUGAAGAGCUCUGUGAUCACCUUUCUCUGCGGGUCAGAUCUCACAGUGGGAGCUGCAGUCAUCGAGGCCUAAAUGCAAUGGGAGUAAUUAGAUCCGGGGUGGCAGGAGCCAAGUGGUGGCAAUCAACCGCCAAAGGCAAGGUGGACGUGGUUAGUGUAAUGGACAGCAGAGUCAAGGCAGCCAUUGGGAAAGUCUGACUCAUACAGGCUUAGGGCGUUGGCUACUUCAUCAUGGUGUUCCUAGAAGUGAAGCUGAUAGGAAGCCUACUACAUUUCUACUUGAUCUGUAGAAACAGAGAAGUUCUAGGUCAAGGGAACAAAAGUCUAACCUGAAUCAU